GCAGAUCAUUUGAGAGUGGCGAACAUCAAUGUCACAACAAGCUCCUAUUUGAAGCUAUAUCAAUGUUUUAUUAGGGUUACUCGACAGUCUUUUGGUUUAAAUAGAGUUCCGAAGAGCCGUUAUUCACAGUGCAUUUGGCAAAUCGCUGUUAUAUUAUCUUAAGUCAGUAGUUUUCAAUAAAGUUUUUAGAAACAUGGCGUCUCCCUUGCUGAAGGUUGCAGUGAGAGGUCUUUCCAGGUGCAUAGGCCUAUGCCACACAUCACCAUCUCUCAGAGCCUUCUCUUCAUCAACUCUACUCCGUCAGGGAGUUCCACCCUCACUCUGGAAGCUCGGUAGGCUGAAUCACGUUGCAAUAGCCGUGCCGGACCUGGAGAAGGCCACCGCCCUGUACCGCGACGUGUUGGGUGCCCAGGUGAGCGCUACCGUGCCACUGCCGGAGCAUGGCGUGUACACCGUGUUUGUGGAGCUGGGCAACACCAAACUGGAGCUCCUGCAUCCGCUGGGGGAGAAGAGCCCCAUAGCUGGAUUCCUACAGAAGAAUAAGUCUGGGGGAAUGCAUCAUAUCUGCAUAGAGGUUGAUGACAUCAAGGCAGCCAUUUUGGCUCUGAAAGCACAGAACAUCCGCAUGCUUUCUGCAGAGCCGAGGAUAGGGGCCCAUGGGAAACCAGUCAUGUUCCUGCACCCCAAAGACUGUGAUGGUGUGCUGGUGGAGCUGGAGGAAGCUUAACACUGGUGCCCCCCUCAGUUUGGGCUCGUCCUCGUCUAUACGGGCAACACAGCUGACCCUGGACUUGUGUCCGGCCUUGAGCUGGAAUGGACUGAAUACAUGCCUGGACUGUCUUUCCCGAAAGCAUCGUUGAACAACCACCAUUGUUUCAGCUGAGAGAGAGGGAGAGUGUUCAAAAUGAUAGCUGCUCCAACGGUUGGUGGUCAUUGAACUAUGCUUUCUGGAAGACUGCUCCAUUUUGGGAUGGGAGACCCUCUGGAAUUGCAUGCUAUCUGGGAUAAUUGCCAGUCGAACAGCACUUCAGAGAACUCGCCGGAAACGGCUCUCCAAAUAGUAUUGUCAUAUGACACAGAGUAGUUUCCUGCUAUCAGACAAGAUCAAAGAAUUCCCAGAAUUCCCACAGGCCACGAUUGCUUAUCCGAACCGCUCCCCCCUCCUGAAUGUGUUCAUCAGACAGAGUCUGUAAUGAGAAGAUUAGAAUAUCAAAAUACGCAUCUGAGCCCCCCAACACACACACACACACACACACACACACACACACACACACUAAUGGUAGUGUAGUGGAGGGUCCUUUACUGUAGGCAUCUACAAAAAGCUAAAUGGGUGGUUGAAGACUCCGAGAGCCUGACCAGAAUAUCAGGAAAUGGUCGCUCGUACCCCAAGAUGUGAUUGAAUCUUCAUUGUUUGUUUGUUUGUUUGUUUCUGUUUUGCCGUGUCUCUUCUUUCCCUACAUCCCCACUUGCUGUGAUGGAAUUAUCCAGAGUUCUUUGCCUAAAAGAGUUUUUUUCCUGAUGUAAAAAAAAAAAAAAAAAAAACAAGAAUAAAAGAUCUUCCAACUU